AUGAGUGAGGAUAACCAAUGUACUCCCCUCAAUCUCGUAAACUUUUUACCUUAUGCUUGUUAUCAGCUCCAAGCGCCAUUCAGUGUUGAUGUAUCUACUAGAAUUCUAGAGGAUUACGUGAAUCAGGAUAAGACAAAGAAAACAAAAGCAGAAAAGUCAACGGCAAACUUGGGGUCGCAAGCGCAAGUAUCAACUACGGAAACGAAGGAAACCCCUGUACACUUGAGAAGCAGCGGCAACAAAGAUACUGUCUUUGUGACAGUCGUGUUGGAUACACAAGGGCGAGUCAUCGAGCUCGAACUGAUAAACACUAUAUUGCCAAUAUAUUUUCUCAAAAUUGUCGAGCUGUGUAUUCCAUUCCAUCCCCAUAUUUAUAGAAUUACCUUGCGAUUGUGUCCUGUCAGUGAAAAAACGAUCUAUGAACUCUCAAGUAUAUUAUCCAAGUCUCAAUUAACUGAACUUUGCUUAGAUAAAUCCCCGCUAGCGCAAUGCAACUGCGCCGCAAUUCUUCAACAUCAAACUUAUUUAAAAAAUCUAAGCUUAAACGGUUGCGACUUAACUGAUGAAGACUGUGAGGCCUUAGCUGUCUACCUCAAGCAUCGAAGGCGCCCCUGCCACCUGCAACUACUGUCAUUGGCCUUCAACUUAAUCAAAGACCGAGGUGCUGUCGCCCUCGCCAGUAUGUUACGCUCUAACCGUCAUUUGCGGUAUCUUAAUCUCGCUGAGAACCAAGUAACAGACACCGGUGCUCUUGCCAUCUUUAAUAGUUUAAUACAAUUUCCUCUGACGCAAGAUGAAAUUCAUUGUAAACGCUUACAAAAUUUCGAAUAUCUAAAGCUAUAUAGGAAUGUGUAUGCAAAUUUCUACCAAGAAGCGGUCGCGACAUACAACGUAAAAGACGACCGCAGCGGGGGACGCAAGAAAGUUGCAGGACCAGUAUCAUUGGCGGUUAAUCAAGUGCCAAACGUGGUCGAAAUCAUCUCGACUGCGACCGCAGCCACCCUGAAGUCAAUAGGCCCCAACAACAAUCCCUUCAGUGAAACUCUAAACCAAGAUGGCCAGUUGUACUCCAUCGGGAACACAAGUCUUGCUUACAUCAACAUUUCCCAUAACAACAUAAGCGUUAUAAGUGUGUUAAAGUUAAUAGAGGUCUUGCGCUACCAGGACCACCUUAAAGAGGGAUUAGUGCGCGUAACAUUAGAGGGAAACCCAUUGCCCGCUAGCUCGCCCGCUCUAGUGCAGUUGGCAGAAUUGCAGAACCGCGCUGUCGCCCGCGUGGGGCUCGCUGGGCUCGCCAAGGCAGACAGGAAGAACACGCGCAAACGAUGA